GUCCAUGCGUCCGUACACUGCCUUUCAUGGCGACAGGCAGCGACACCAUGGGUUUUGGAAUCUUGUGUGUCUGGGUUCUGGACUCAUGGUUCAAUCAUCAAUUGAACUGUAUCUAAAAACUCGAACAAACAUAGGGCAUCUAAAGCCAGACUCUGGAACCAUCUCAUUUAAUGGUGAAAGAAAGGAAUCUCCAGCUAAAAAUUUCAAAGGUGCUUUAGCUUGUAUGGUUAAUUCUGAAAUAGGUGCUGUUUUGGCUGUGAUGCGAAGAAAUGUACGAUGGGGAGUUCGCUAUGUGGCAGAUGAUGAUAAGCUAGAGCACUCUCUCAUCCAUUCGUUGAAAGAACUUCGAAAGAAGAUAUUUUCUUGGCAAAAUAAGUGGCACAAUGUCAAUCCAGCUGUGUACCUCCAGCCAUUUUUGGAUGUCAUUCAAUUUGAUGAAACUGGUGCACCAAUCAUUGGAGUUGCAUUGUCAUUUGUUUACAAGAUAUUGAGCCUUGACAUACUUAAUCUUGAUACUGUGAAUGUGGGAGAUGCUAUGCAUUUGAUAGUUGAUGCAGUGACAAGUUGCCGGUUUGAGGUCACUGAUCCUGCCUCUGAAGAAGUGGUGCUGAUGAAGAUACUUCAGGUUCUUUUGGCUUGCAUGAAGAAUACGACAUCCGUUAGGUUGAGUAAUCAGCAUGUGUGCAAUAUUGUAAAUACAUGCUUUCGAGUGGUCCAUCAAGCUAGCUCCAAAGGUGAAUUGUUGCAGCGGAUUGCACGCCAUACUAUGCAUGAAUUGGUUAGGUGUAUUUUCUCUCACUUGCCUGAUAUAGGCAGUACCGAACAUGCAUUGGCUAAUGGAAACAGGUCGUGUGUUAAUAAAGAGGUAAUAAUUCUUGGCACAUCCUUUGAUGUUAUAUAUUGUCCAGUUUAACAAUAUAUGACGUCUCUGGCACCAUAUUAAUUGGUGAUAUAGUGCAGUAUAAUUGUAUGAGUUUUGCCCAACGAAAAGAGGGCAUUUCUGUUUGAAGUCUUUUGGUGAAUCAUCAAUCAAGUGUACUUCAUGUGUAUGAACAUUUGGUGGUAUGGAAUUAUAUAUUAAUGGUUUGUAGGUGAAGCCUUAAAUGAGAAACAGUCUUUAGUUUUGAAU